CCUAAAAUGGGUUUCAUUUUUCAUGUUUCUUGCACUCGUCUCAGUUCCAACCCCGCGCAGGUUGUCUCACGACCACAUGAUUGCUCUCUAGAUACCUGGCGAGGUGAACAUGAAAGUGAAAACAGUUGUAAACCCAUGAGAAAACCCCUGGACUGGUAGGCUACUCACUGCUCCAGACAGUAGAGUUGCUCAGGUGAGUGAGGCUGUAUUACCUGAAAUCUUGUGGUGUCUUUUGAAAUCUUGAAAGGGUAUAUUCUUGUGAGCAAAAUGUGUCUGUCUAUAUGUCUAAAAUAAGACCAGAGGAUUAUGCUAUGGCAGAUUGUUGUUACAGACAAGCUUCAUGCGUCAUCGUGCAUUUGUCAUGCAAUUGAACUGUUUAGCCUCUGCAUGCUAAGUAUUGCUCUGAAAAUUGUGAUAUAUAGGGCUAUGCAGAGACAUAGUUGAAAAAUAAAGUUAACUGCUCUUUAAAAAAAAAAUACAGGCAAUUUGAGCAUGUUACUGCAAAUAUCAACAAAUAGGCUCUCUCGCCUGGAAAUGUAAGGAUGUUUAUUAAUUAGUUUGUUAUGAAUAUUCAAAAGCCAAAUCAAUUAGGUGGUACUGAAAAUAUUCAAUGAUUACCAUUACAGCAUCAUUUUAUACAUACAUUUACAUGUGUCUACUGUUUACAGACAAAUAAAUCAUAAUAGAGAGGGAGUAGGCCUUCCUGUGAUUUUCUAAUGAACCAAUGCCUGCUGCCUCAUUUGAUUGUUCUUUGGCCCUGUCACACUAUCUGUCACAUACUUCCUCCUCUGGACAGCACCUUCCUGUUUCUGUUACAGGUCCUCGGACCAGUGCAUACCAAUAACAAUGUUAUUUUACUGUAAACAAACUGGAAUCCAACCCUGGUUGUCUGUACUCAGUCCUUCAAAGCCAAACAGCCACUGGACCCAAAAGCUAGGUCCCUCUCACAGGUUAACAGGUAGUUUUUUAGGUUUUGAUUCUCAGGUUACAGAUGUAGAAACUUAAUUUGAACCAGUUUGCUACAGCAGGAAAAUAAUCCUGCAGGUACAGGAAAUGUGAAUUAUUAUGUGGAUUAUAAUUAAAUUAUAAUUUCCGUAAGGGAAAAUUAAGUCUGAAAUGUCAAAAUGGAAAUUACAAACUUCAGAAGCCUUUUAAAACUAAAAUACACUACACAUUUUACAUUUCCUGCAUUGCAGGAAAGUUCUCCUGCAACAGGGUGAUCAAAUUAAGAUCCUACAUCUGUACCUCUCUUACAAAUUCACGUCAGAAGUGGAAAAUCCAUUCUUAUCAGUGACUCAUGGUAAUAACAGGUUAUACGCAAUGUAUCCAUAGUAUGAUUCGUAUGCAUAUAGGAAUGCUACCCUUAUUUUCAACUUGAGGUACUUUGCCAGGUUGGGUUGGUUACCAUGAUGGCACACCCUUUCCCCCUUACCUUGCAGAGAAAAUGUCAUGUUGGCUGUAAACAUAAGCUUUACUCCUGUUCCUGCUGACUGCUGUGACCGGCACCAAAAGUUAAAGGCACUUUUAACAACACAUUCCACAGACACCUCCUUUCCUGACACAAGCAGUUGAUUUUCUAGGAACAUUUUUUAUCUUUCCCCUCCAAUUUUAUUUUAUCUGAGUAACCAGGGACAUUCGAUGCCAAGCAGAAAUCAGAUGGCAGAGAUUGGGGAACCUGGGGACAUGGAGGAGGUGAAUGAAGCUCAGGGUCUAGAGGGGGACGGAUCCUCCCUCAAAUCCACCAUGGAGAGGAAUGGGAAGACACAACCCGACGGCCUGGUGAAGGAGAAGAAACUGGGGAUGAUUAAGCAAUUCAGGGAGAGCAUCAAGCGGGUUGGAGAGAGGAGUCCUCUAGCCUCAAACAGCAAAGGGUCAAAGGACAGAUCCAAUUCAGACCAGGGGGGACACGGUAUUGACCCUGAAGUGACCUCUCCAACCCAUCAGCUGCCACCCCCUCCCUCACCAUGUAAGUUCUCCUCAGGUUUGUCCCUCUGACAAAUGAAGUGAGUUAUCUAAAUAUGCUCUUGAGUCAGGAAAUGGCUUCCCAAGGUCAUGGGAAGAGGAUGUCUCAGGAGACACAGAAUAACAGUAGAAAUGGCAGGAAGGACUCUCUUAUGCACUGUAUUGGGGACUUGCAUUUAUUUUCAGCUGGACAUGAGCCAGUCUGAGCAGGAGGCUUUCAUCAUUACUCAAUUACUGACAUUCCUAUCUUAAUGAAGUUUAUACUAAACUCGGAAACAGCUCCCAACCAUGCAGGCUAUACACUAACAUAAUUAACCUUUGUACAAUAACAAAUCUGACAGAAGCUGCUUAACCAGUUGUCAAGGUUGUGUGACUUCUUCUGUGUGUACGUAUGCGUAUGUGUGUUUGUGUUUGUCUGUGUGACUGUGCGACUGUCCGUGUGUUUGUUUGUGUGUGUUCGGUCAGCACACCUACUAUUACACUGCAAAGUAGUUUAAUUACUACCAGUAUUCAAUGUCAAAGAGAUCAGCAACUUUCUCUCUCUCUUGCUCAGGUUUGAGUGCUGGGUCUCCUACGGCCUCUCCCCUGAAGGGUCUAGGUGGGUCCUUCCAGAGGGAGGAGGGAGGAGAGAGUGCAGAAGAUUCACUCCAGAAAAAGCACUCCAGAACACGCUCAGGUACACCACUGUUUACCCAACCAACCAGAGCUUGUUCAGUCAAUGGUUGUUCUUAGAGGCAGUUUGCAGUAGGCAUAAAUACUGUUCAAAGACAAGCACAAAUACAUAUAUUUUGCUGAGAGAAUUCUAGAAAGCUCAUUGGGAUAUUCUGAGUCUUUGUAAGGUCUUCGUAAUCUGUUAUCUGUAUUGUCCAUCUAUAGACGCAUCGGGCAUUGGGGACUCUCUUCUAAAGAAGGGGGCUUCCAUCCGACGGAGUUUGCGACUUAAGAAGGACAAGACCCUCAAACAGGAGCAGCUCCAGCCUGUCACUGAGAUCACUCUGGAGGAGAAGAGAGAGAGGGAGAAGGAGAGGGUAGAGAUAAAAGAGUCAUACAUACUCCCAGAAAUACCCCUCACACCCCUCUCAGGUGAGGUUCGCUCUCUCUCUCUGUCUUUGUCUCUGUCUCUCUCUCUCCCUCAUCCUCAUCCUCAAUUUUUCUUUGUUUUAGCAACAGAGAUCACAAGAGAUAUUAUUUGUGAUGUAAAUCACUAUGGUUGUGUCUGUGUCUGUGCUGUAUGUGUGUAUUAGGUAUAACAGCAUAAGCUUCUAUGCAUUAAGGCCUUUACUCUGUUUGCUCUUACCCUCCAGUGAUGCAGAUCAAUAAGCUGAUUGGGAUGGAGGUGCUGGAGGAGGCCUAUCUGAACCUCCUCUCCCUGUGCCAGGAGUUCCAGCGGGAGAGGGAGGAGUGCACGGAGGAGGCCUCCUCUAUGGAGCUGGCCAAGAAGGAGAAGGACCUGAAGCUCCUUUACAGUGCCCUGCGGGACAAGGUGAAGGAAAUAGUGCGGGACUCCAACUCCUUUACCUCUCGCAACAAGGAGCUCCUGGUGCAUGUGGCCCGCGUCAUCCAGGAGGAGGAGAAGAGGGAGGCAGAGCCUGGGGCCGGGGGCGUGGUUGGGCCUGGGGGUUGGCGGGGGGCCUGGAGAGAGGCUGUGAGCGAGGGUGUACAGGCUACGCUGAAGAGUGUUCACUUGGACAGGCCCGAGCAGAAUGCCUCCUGGCUGGCUAUCCACCUGGGUCUGCUGGGCAAGGCCAUCGUAGAGGACUUGGAGAAGGUGAAGGGAGAGCUGCAAGGCUCUUACCCACCCAGCUUCAAUGUGUUCAGCACCUAUGUGAGCUGUUACCAUGGUGCUGUCAGCCAGCACCUGAAGACGCUUCAGCAGCAGGUGACAGAUCUGAAGGACUACUACGCCCUGCUGGACUGGAUCAUCAAUCACUAUGAGAGGUGAGGAAGACUUAAAGUCAUUGUCUUGAAUAAUAAGUAUUUUUUUUAAAAAUAUGACUCAAGAUGAUGAGUAGUAUUGUAUCUGAGAGACACCAUCCCUGUUGAACAGUGAGAAGAUAAUGAGCAGUCCUUCAUUGAGACCAGAGAUGGAGGCUGAGAACAAAGGCCUCUCCCUGGAAGAGGGCUUCCUGGACCAGCUCAAGGGGAAAUUCUGCAUGCAGGCAAAGGUGAGGGAUUGAACACUCCACUAAGAGACAGAUGGAUAGAUGUUUUGGAAGAAUUCAGGUUGAAAGCAGGUACCACACUUGAAGAGUUUUUCUUUUUUUAAUGUUAUAUUUUGCUCAUCAGAGUCCUUUAGCCUUUAUUCUUUUGCUUUCCAUGCCUUUUCCAGGAGGACAUGAAAGCUUCGCUGGAGAAAAUAUUAGAGCUUGAAAACGAGGACAUGUGGAUAAAGAAACAGACACCAGAGACUGAUGAUGAACACUUCUUUAACUCUGACAUACACAUGGAUAUCUGGACGGUAUUGUUUUGUCAUGAUUUCAUAUAAUGCAAUAGCAUCAUAUCUCCAUUAGAGAGCAACAUUGCCUACUUAGUUACAUUUUCAUUGUAGUGACAGGCUACUAAGGCUACUAUUACUAUGUAAGACUUGAAACUGUUGUUGUUUUCUGUGUAGAAAGUUAAGAGCAAUGCUGUAAACUCCAAGAGGAUUGAUGCAAACCUGGAGAUGAGAGUAGUCUGUUCCUGCCUAGAAGAGUUACAGCUGUUUCCCAAGCGGUAUGCUCUGCAACAGUCCAGAGUCUGCUCUUUCUAUCUCUAUCCUAACCAUUAUUCACUGGAAACAUAAAACUAGACCUUGUCCUUUGCUUGUUAAUAACUCCAUGGCAUUAUCUCUCCUUCACUCUCUCUACAUCUACAUAGAUUUGAGACCGAAUUUAGGUACUGCUGUAACAGUGUGGAAAACCCUUCACUUUGGGCUGACUAUCAGAUAACCUACAUCAACAGCUUUACAGCUCUU